GCCGCGCCGCCGCCUCGCAAUCCGCCGCCAUCCCGCCGCCUCCGCGCCCGACCGCCGCCCGACUGCCAUCGCCCGGCCCAGUCGCGCCCGCGGAACCAGACCAGGCAGAUCGGGAGUGGUGCCGAGAAAAAUUUCCUUACUAGAUGACAUUUCAUCGCAAUGUCCGAUCGUUUGGGGCAAAUAACCAAGGGCAAGGAUGGGAAAAGCAAGUAUUCGACUCUCAGCCUGUUUGAUAAGUAUAAAGGAAAAUCAAUAGACGCGGUCAGAUCCUCAGUUAUUCCUAGACAUGGCUUACAGAGUCUCGGGAAAGUGGCCACAGCCCGGCGCAUGCCACCACCUGCAAACCUGCCAAGCUUGAAGUCUGAAAACAGAGGAAACGACCCCAACAUCGUGAUAGUUCCCAAGGACGGGACGGGAUGGGCAAACAGGCAGGAUCAGCAAGACCCAAAGAGUUCCAGUGCGACGGGCUCUCCGCCGCCGGAGUCGCUGCCGCAGCCGGGUUUGCAGAGGCCUGUCUCCAGCUUACAGAAGCCGACACAGUCGAGCAGCCAGGAGAACACAAAUUCAGUGCCAGGUGGACCAAAGUCAUGGGCACAGCUGAAUGGAAAGCCAGCAGGACACGAAGGUGGUUUAAGGGGCUCAAGCCGACUGUUAUCCUUCUCUCCCGAGGAGUUUCCGACGCUGAAAGCAGCUGGAGGGCAGGACAAGGCUGGCAAGGAAAGGGGCGUCUUCGAUCUGUCGUAUGGGCCAGGACCAAGCCUCCGCCCUCAGAAUGUGACAAGCUGGAGGGAGGGCGGUGGGCGAAACAUAAUUUCUGCCACGUCUCUGAGCGCCUCCCCAACUGAGCUGGGCAGCAGGAACUCGAGUGCGGGAGACGGAGCCCCCUCCUCGGCAUGCACCAGCGAUUCUAAGGACCCCUGUCUCCGCCCGGCUCAGCCUGUCCGCAAAGGGGCUUCACAGUUCGUGGGAAAUGUAUACCACCCACCUACAUACCAUGACAUGCUUCCUGCUUUUAUGUGUUCACCGCAGUCAUCAGAGAACCAGGGUACAGUGGAACGAGGAUCUUUUCCCCUUCCCCAGCUCCGUCUUGAACCCCGUGUUCCUUUUAGACAGUUCCAGAUGAAUGACCAAGAUGGGAAGGAGAGCAGGCUGGGCACGACUCGCCCCAUCCGCCCGCUGAGGCAGCUGGUGGGCCGGGCACCGCGGCCCACCAUCAUCAACGCUGAAAACCUGAAGGGCCUGGAUGACCUGGACGCAGACGCCGACGACGGCUGGGCAGGCCUGCACGAGGAAGUGGACUACUCCGAGAAGCUGAAGUUCAGUGAUGACGAAGAGGAGGAGGACGUUGGGAAGGACGGCAGGCCCAAGUGGAGCAGUUGGGACUCCAGACGGCAGCGGCAGUUGUCAAUGAGCUCCGCGGACAGUGCUGACGCCAAGCGUCCCCAGGAGGAAGGAAAAGACUGGGGCGAAGCAGUGACCCGUGUCAUCCGGAAAGUGCCAGAACCUCAGCCACCUUCCAGGAAACUUCACAGCUGGGCGUCCGGCCCUGACUACCAGAAGUCCUCGCUGGGCAGCAUGUUCCGACAACAGUCUCUUGAGGACAAAGAGGACAAGCCAGCCCCACGGCAGAAGUUUCUGCAGUCGGAGAUGUCUGAGGCUGUGGAGCGAGCCCGGAAGCGCCGGGAGGAAGAGGAGCGCCGAGCCCGGGAAGAGAGGCUGGCUGCCUGUGCCGCCAAGCUUAAGCAGCUGGACCAGAAGUGCAAGCAGGCUCAGAAGGCGGGCGAGGCCCAGAAGCAGGCAGAGAAGGAGGUGCCCCGAUCUCCAGGCACUGAGAAGCCGCCCCCACAGGAGAAUGGCCCUGCUAUGCGCAAAGGCUCUCCUGAGUUCUCUGCCCAGGGAGCCCCCAGCACGUUUUCAGAAGAAGCCCCCACGGCUCCUCCAGCCGUGGCCCAGAGCGGCGGCAGUGAGGAGGGGGCCAGGGAGGCUGGGUCCCCCGCGCAGGAGUUCAGCAAGUACCAGAAGUCACUUCCUCCCAGAUUCCAGCGCCAGCAGCAGCAGGAGCAGCUGUACAAAAUGCAGCACUGGCAGCCGGUGUACCCGCCGCCAUCCCACCCACAGCGCACCUUCUACCCCCACCAUCCCCAGAUGCUGGGCUUCGAUCCCAGGUGGAUGAUGAUGCCUUCCUACAUGGACCCACGAAUCCCGCCCACUCGCGCCCCAGUGGAUUUCUACCCGUCUGCCCUCCACCCCUCGGGACUGAUGAAGCCCAUGGUACCCCAGGACGCCCUCGGGGGGACCGGCUGUCGCUCUGAGGACCAGAGCUGCGCGCCGCCACUGCAGGAGAGGAAGGUGGCCGCCCUCGACCCAGCCCCCGUGUGGAGCCCCGAGGGUUACAUGGCGUUGCAGAGCAAGGGCUACUCGCUUCCCCAGCCGAAAUCCAAUGACACUUUGGCCAUGGACAUGCACGUCAGGAAUGAAAGCUCUUACUCUGCCUCACCCGGAAGGUCAGGGGGCGUAGGCGCCCAGCGCGAUCUCCUUGAGGAGAGAGGGGAGGAGUUCUUGAGUGCUUUUGACAAGAAGGCCCAAGCAGACUUUGACAGCUGUGUCUCUUCUCAAAGAAUAGGCCAGGAGCUUUUGUUUCCACCCCAAGACCAUGUUCAGGAAGCAGGUGCUCCUGGGGGUCACACCCCAGACCUCAGGUGUUCCCCGCUGGAGCCCGACUUUGCCCCAGCUGAGAAAAAGCCAGAGUAUAGCAAUUGGGACGUUAGCCACCCGCCAGAGACCACCGACACAGCCAACAGCAUCGAGAAGGGGGCGCCCCGGGAGGAGCCAUCGUUUAAUGUCUCCUCCUGGGAGAAGGAAGGGAGCCCCAACAAUCAGCCGCCCCUGCAGCCCGAGUGGACGCCUGAGCCCCGGGGCCCCAGCGGCCAGCACCCGGAGCAGACCGGCAGGACACGGAGGUCUGGGCCCAUCAAGAAGCCCGUGCUGAAAGCCCUCAAGGUAGAGGACAAGGAGAAGGAACUCGAGAAGGUGAAGCAGGAGCUGGGGGAGGAGGGUGCCCGCAUGGUCAAGGAGAAGGGGCCGGUUCACUCGGCGGACAAGGAUGAGGACGAAGAGAACGACCCUGCACUGGCCAAUUCCUCCCCCUCCCCGUUGGAGGACCAGGGCUCCGCUCGCGCUGGCUUGGGCCGUGAGGCCAGCAGGUGCGAAGAGGACGAGAAGCCCGACAGGGCCUGGGAGAGCAGACCCCCCCGGGAGUCCAGCGACACCCCCCCGACAAAGAGGAACAACUGGAUCUUUAUUGACGAGGAGCAAGCCUUUGGGGGCCGAGGGCAGGCCCGGGGCCGCGGCCGAGGCUUCCGAGAGUUCACGUUCCGAGGGCGGCCUGUGGGCGGCGGUCCCGGCCUCUGCAGUGGGGGGGCACUCGGGGCGCGGGGCAUCUACGGCGGCGGCCCGAGGAGCGGCCGCGGCCGGGGGCUGCGGGACCUCGGCCAGCCGGAAGACUUCCCCAGGGCCAAGCCGCGGCGGCGAAUAGCCAGCGAGACCCACAGCGAGGGCUCCGAGUACGAAGAGCUUCCCAAGCGGCGGCGACAGCGAGGCUCGGAGAACGGGAACGAAGCUGCCCUCCUGGAGCGGGAGGGCAGUGCCCUGAGGAAGGGGGACUUCAGGGACUCCUGGCGCUCCAGCAAGGUGUGCUCAGAGGACCACAGCAGCCUGGAGGCUAAGAGCCGAGGCCCUCGCACCUUUGGCCGGGCCCUCCCUCCCCGGCUGAGCAGCUGCGGCUACGGGCGGAGAACCUUCGUGUCCAAAGAGGCCGCCCACUGGCAGAACAAGAGCCCCGGCGCCCCCUGGCAGGAGUACAGCCCCCCAGACACGUGCGCGCCCCGGCGACCUGCAGACAGGGGCUGUGUCCCUGACGCCUACAGACAUUCUGACUCCUUUGGUGCCAGGGCCUUCGAGGACAGCCGCCUGGAGGACAAGAGGCCCUUCUUCCCUGACGACCACACGGCCGACCCAGAAGGCACAGAGAACCGGCCGUUCCGGAGAAGGCGCCCUCCUCGCCAGGACAAGCCCCCACGCUUUCGGCGCCUCCGGCAGGAGCGGGAAUCCCUGGGCCUCUGGGGGCCCGAGGAGGAGCCCCACCUGCCGGCAGGGCCAUGGCCAGGCCGGCCCAAGCUCUGCCCCGGGGACAAGAGUGGGUCCCCCGAGCUCUCGUACCAGAACUCGUCUGAUCACGCCAAUGAGGAGUGGGAGACGGCCUCCGAGAGCAGCGACUUCAGCGAGAGGCGGGAGCGGCGCGAGGGCCCAGGGGCUGAUCCCGACCCCCAGGCGGACGGCAGCCUGCCCGGGGCUGCUGUGGGUGAGAAGAAGGAGCUGGCCAAGAGGAGCUUCUCCAGCCAGAGGCCCCUGGCCGACAGGCAGAGCCGAAAGCUGGAGCCGGGGGGGUUUGGGGAGAAGUCGGUUAGGCCAGGUGGUGGUGACACUUCUCCCCGUUAUGAGAGCCAACAGAAUGGGACGCCUUUGAAACCCAAAAGGUCCCCAGACGAGGCCUUGCCUGGAGGUCUUGGUGGUGGUGGUGGUGGGAGCGGCCACUACGCGCUGGAGCGACCAGCCCAUGCCACUUCUGACACCCCCGACGCCCCCUGUGAGAAGGCAGAGAAGGAGGCCAAGCUGGCUGUUCAGAGGGCGGGUGAACAGGGAGAGACCAUGAAACAGUUUGACCUGAACUACGGAAAUUCCAUCAUUGAAAACUGCGGGUCCAGCCCUGGGGAGGAGAGUGAAGUGGGCCCCAUGGCGGGUGAAGGCUUCAUCGAGGUCCUCACCAAGAAGCAGCGCCGCCUGCUGGAAGAAGAGAGGAGGAGGAAGGAGCAGGCCGUGCAGAUGCCCGUCAAGGGGCGAGGUCUUUCCUCCCGUAUUCCUCCCCGGUUUGCUAAAAAGCAAAACAACUUGUGCCUGGAGCAGAGUGACGUGACCGUGCCCAGCAGUAGCCUGGGCACCGAGAUUUGGGAGAGCAGCAGCCAGGCCCUCCCUGUUCAGGCCCCGACCAACGACUCCUGGACAAAAGCCGCCACUGCCUUCAGCAGCGCCGAGCCUGGCUCUGCCGAGCAGGGUUUUAAGAGCAGCCAGGGGGACAGCGGCGUUGACCUGAGCGCUGAGUCUCGGGAGUCGUCUGCAACCUCCUCCCAGCGCAGCUCCCCGUACGGCACCCUGAAACCGGAGGACAUGAGCGGGCCUGGCCUGGAGCCCAAGGCUGACGGCCACAAGGAGCAGGCUCAGAAGCAGUCCGAGCCGAAGGAUGCAGAACAAGGGUCAGCACAGAGCAAGGAGCACAGACCGGGACCCAUCGGCAAUGAGCGGUCUCUGAAAAACAGAAAGGGCUCGGAGGGGGCCGACCGGCUGCAGGGGGCCGUUGUCCCGCCUGUUAACGGGGUGGAGAUUCACGUGGACUCUGUGUUGCCGGUGCCGCCCAUUGAAUUUGGAGUCAAUCCAAAAGACUCUGAUUUCAGCUUGCCGCCUGGCUCUGCCUCUGGUCCUGCGGGGAAUCCGGUCGUCAAACUUCAGGAUGCCUUGGCCAGUAACGCGGGCUUGGCGCCGAGUAUCCCCAUUCUCCGGCGUGACCAUCACAUCCAGAGGGCCAUCGGCCUCUCCCAGAUGUCCUUCCCCACCGCGGACCUCACCCUGAAGAUGGAGUCUGCACGCAAGGCUUGGGAAAACUCACCCAGUUUGCCAGAGCAGAGCUCUCCCAGCGGGACGGGCUCAGGCAUCCAACCUCCAUCAUCUGUGGGAGCCUCCAACGGGGUCAGCUACAGCUCCUUCGGUGGGGUUUCCAUGCCUCCCAUGCCUGUGGCCUCUGUCGCGCCUUCAGCUUCUCUUCCAGGCAGCCACCUGCCGCCUCUCUACCUGGACGGCCACAUGUUCGCAAGUCAGCCCCGGCUGGUUCCCCAGACCAUACCUCAGCAGCAGAGUUACCAGCAGGCUGCCGCCGCCCCGCAGAUCCCGCUUUCCCUUCACACGUCUCUGCAGGCUCCAGCCCAGCUGGGACUGAGGGGCGGGCUGCCCGCCUCCCAGGCUCAGGAGAUCUUCAGCUCCUUGCAGCCCUUCAGGUCUCAGGUGUACAUGCAUCCCAGCCUGUCGCCGCCCAGCACCAUGAUUCUCUCUGGAGGCACAGCCUUGAAGCCUCCGUACUCGGCAUUCCCUGGCAUGCAGCCCUUAGAGAUGGUGAAGCCCCAGUCCGGCUCCCCCUACCAGCCCAUGAGUGGAAACCAAGCCCUGGUGUAUGAGGGCCAGCUGGGUCAGGCUGCUGGCCUGGGCGCCUCCCAGUUGUUGGACUCCCAGCUCCCACAGCAGCUGACAAUGCCGUUGCCGGGCUCCCAGCUCCCCCUGCCACGGUAUGGCUCUGGGCAGCAGCCCCUAAUUCUGCCACAGUCCAUCCAGCUGCCGCAGGGGCAGAGCCUCUCGGUCGGGGCCCCCCGAAGAAUCCUUCCACCCGGCUCCCAGCCUUCGGUCCUUAACACCAGCAGAGAGUCCUCUCAGAUGGAGAUGAAGGGCUUCCACUUUGCCGACAGUAAACAGAAUGUUUCUUCCGGAGGCUCCGUGGCGUCACCGCAGACUUACAGGCCUAGCUCUGCUAGCCCCAGUGGGAAGCCCUCUGGAUCAGCAGUUAACAUGGGCUCUGUGCAGGGACACUACGUUCAACAGGCCAAACAACGAGUGGAUGAAAAACCCAGCCUGGGAAGCGUGAAACUGCAGGAGGCCCCCUCAGCCGCCUCCCAGAUGAAGCGAACUGGAGCAAUCAAGCCUCGGGCAGUCAAAGUGGAGGAGAGCAAGGCCUGAAGGUGCUUGGCCACGCCUCGCCCCCCCACCUUGAGGACAGGGCCGCCGCUCGGCCUGGACACAGCCAGACUCGCGGACAUCUCGGACACCUCACCAGAUCCACUGUCCAACCACCUGGCCCAGACUGAGAGACCUCCCUUCCCUUCUCCACUCCCGAAAGCUCUGUGUCCAGCCAGCUUGCCCCCGUGGAUGUGGCAUUGACCUGCUCGCUUUACUACGAAGCAAACAAGCAAACGACCCCGUCCCCGUGUCUUCCCCGCCUCCUGUCCACAGUGACCGUGGAGUGACUCGAGCCUUUGUGCAGUACAGAUGACCCUGUCCCUCCCUCUCUCUCCCUGCCCCCCACCCAGCACCCCAGGCCCCAGGCGUAGUGGUUUGACAGCAGGGCCGUUUCAGUUCGAGGCUUUUUGUUUUAAAAAGCAGCUAAGUUUUUACAAAGGAGAAAGGAAAAGAAAAACAGAAGCUAUGUGUGCAUAGCUGAACUUUUAUACACUCGCCAUCGUCUCCUCCCCUCCUCCGUCCCAGUACCACACUUCCCCCUCUCUCCAGGGCUGCCGCCGGGCUGUCCCUGUGAUUCCUUAACGCAGGACUUUCGGGCAGAUGUGCCCCCGCCCCCUGCACUCCCUCAGCGGGUUAACCGGUACCGGUUCUCGCAGAAACCGUGGGCACGCCGGCGGGCGGCUCCGUGUUCAGGGGCAGCGAGGGAGAGGGGCAGGUUAGGCUGGUGUUUUGCGGGGGGGGGGGGGGGGGGGUUCUAGCGCCUGGCCUGAUGGUCGGUCGCUGGAGCUUCGGGGCAGCCCAGUGAAGCCGAUCGCAUUUUUAGCGUAAUCGUGACACGCGGUUUCUGUCCUGGACUCUUCUAAAGCCAGUGGACAUGCGAGCAUGGGGCAGCUGAGGUAAAUCACAGAGAUGUAGAGUCACUGGUGUUUCCCGGGGCUGUCAUCGGACCCGCAUGCCCUUCCUGGAAGCCUUCCAUAACAUGCCCUCCUCCUUUCCUCCUGAGCCUCUUUCUUGUCUGGGUCCUCCUGUCCCACCACCACCUUUCACACAGCUGGCCCCUGGAAGCCGCGAGGCUCCCUCACGUGGGGUCAGGGCCGCGCGGCUGGCCACCUGCUGGGGUCUGUGGCCCGCAAGGCUGCUGCGCGAGCUUUUUCUCCUUGGCCCGGCUCCCAGCCACACACCCGGGUGGUGGGGCACAGUGGCCUGAGCUGGGCUGUGGGCGGCCGUCCUCCCGGACAGCUGGGGCGGGCUCCGGGGGGAGGGUGGGUUGCGGGUCUGAUCCUUGUUCCACCGCAGCCGUGGGCAGCCUCGGGAAAAAGCGUGUAGGGACGCUGCCAGCAGGAUGUUUGUGUGAGCCACCUCAUGCUGGGUUUUUGUUCUUUCUUUUUAAAAAUAAGACCUAAAAGGAAAUCACCCCCGAUUUUGCCAUUCCAAGGAGAGGGGAAAGGAAAUGUCAAGUUUUGUACGUGCUCUUCAGGGUAACUAACUGGCCAGCCAUGUUCCUCCACGACAGGGAGGACCUAGCUCAGGACGAGCAGGAGGUGAGCGGCGAUGAGCCCCACAGAGUCCAGCCUCGGGUCACCGCUGCUGUGUGACGCCCCAUGGCCCUGAGCGCUGUGUCCAGCCUAGAACCCGGUAGGGAGCAGCGCCUCAGGGCCCUUUGCUGCUUUAAGGACUCAGGGUGCGUCCCGCCAGCAAGAGUGUGGGUUGACGCGAGGCUCCUCUGGACAGGGCCGGCAUUCUUGGAAGACGCUCUCGCGCUUCCUGACAGCUUUGUGUUGCCCUUCCUGCCUCCGCCCUCAGACUGGGCUUCCGCCAGCUGGCCAUCUCCAUGCCUGAAUCUCGAUUCUGCGGUCCCUUCUCCGAGGGCUGCUCUCUCGACGAGUUGCCCACUCUCGCCUGCCCAGUGUGCUCAUCUGCUUUCUCUUCCCUGCCAGUGUGCGACCACUGUCCCUGUGACCGGCUGCCCUGCCCGCCGCUCCCCUCUGCCGCCACCUGCCUCCCCUGCCCAGCUGCCCCUGUGGGAGCCACACACAUUCCCCGCUGCCUGCACACUCAGAAACACCGCCAGGCCCGCACACCUAGUAGCGGUGCAUGUUGUAUGUCAGAAGGAAGGAAAAGGUUUUCUCACUUUGCAUUCCGGCAGAGCAGCCCUGGAUGCUAUUGGAAACGCAAGGUGUACCCUUCAGGUGGACCUGCCCUCAGCAAGACAGUGCUUCCUGUUUGAGAAAAAAAUAAAAACAAAAGGUCACCUGUUCGCCAGCCCUUUCCUCUACCCUUGUAUUUUCUCUCCUCCCCCUUCCCAAUAAAAACAGAAAACACUAGAAUUUAUUUAUAUGUAUUGAUGUUGUAGGUCUAGGUGAAAAAAAGUAAAUGUUUCACUGCUCUAUUUAUA